AUGGACCCCUUCUCACCCCAAGAGCAAGCAAAGGAUCGAGCUCAGAGGGAAUCUUCAAUCCUUGAUCUUCCUCAGUACGUGAUAAGCUAUAAUGAUGACCAUACUCUACAAUGGGAUCCUCCAGCCAGAUCCAAAGAAUUAUCUAUCGCUUUAAGCUAUCAUUUUCCAUUGGAGAGGGACCUUGAAAGUAAAAUGCAAGCUGCCACCAGGAAGUUCCUUCGAAAUGAACGACAAAAGACUUCAGAGGACUUCAAAAUGAAUGGAACCUCUGAGCAUCAUAAUAAUUCUGAUGAUUUACCCUUACAUAUGGACACAGAAGAUCAGGUCACGAGACCAACUUUGAAAGUACUGGAGUCAUCGUCACAUGUCAGAUCAGGAUCAACUGCAUCUCAUCGAAUCUCCAUGCCAGAAACUAGGACCCUUCAGUUCCUCGCAUGGGAUGCUGAUAUGAAGGAGUUUAGUCCUAGAAUAAAGAAAAGACGAUAUGAUAAGGAAGAACGUGUAAAAGUUGCAGCUAAUAGAGGAUUCGCAUGUGCUCGACAUAAGAAGCAAAAAAUGAAGGUAGACGAACAUCAUUCCCAGCUGAACAAACAACGGUUGAGUAAUUUAGAGACCAUGGCCGCAAAAGUUGAGGUUCAAUCGAAUGCAAAUAAGCGACAUUCCUCGUAUAUUCCGGACCCAGAGACUGCUAGUCAGAUGAACUACACGAUAGAUCCUGAGUCUCUAACUUUGAACUCAUCGCCUUCCUCAGAUCUGUCCCCAAGAUGGACAAUGUCCUCAUUUGUUGAUCCUGCGACACUUUACAAAUUAGAGGGCUUUCAUACGAGCGCUCAGUCAUUAGAUCUCCCGACACCCUCCCUCGAAUUUAGUUCCAGAUCACAUGACUCUAUUGGCUCUGUGUUAUCUACGAGUUCAGACAUGAAUUUUCUCGCCGGUUAUGAUGACAUGCAUUUUGAUAUCCCCGGCUACGAAGCAUAUCCUUGGUGGACACCAAAUGUCCAGUUAGACCCUGUCGGACCUACAUUCAAUGAUCUUAUGCCAAUAGAUCAACCUAUCACAAUUCCAGAUGCUCCACAAAUGGAGACGUUCCAAAUCGAGUAUGAAGAGCCCUCUCCAUUUGACCAAUCUUCAAUAGAACCUCCACAAGAACCGUUGAACUGGUCUCAAGAGAUGGUUUCUCUACCACAAAGCUAUACCAUAGACUCCGCUUCCGCUGCUCCACUUCGCCCAUCUUCGAGUCCAAUGGAAAACACAACGAUUCCAACCGAUGUACACCAGCACUGUCAACAAGACUUAAUGGAAUGGGAAUCAGCCCGUCCAUCAAGUGUUACUCAAGGAUACUUGUCCAAUAAUCUAGUCAAGCCAUUGACAAAUGAAGAAAAAAGAACACUUAUCAAAUGGUGGGGUAGAGAUCGAUCUUCCGAACAACCGGAGAGUAUUCGUGGUAGACAGAACUCUUAUGGGAGUCAAGUGUCGAACUGUGAUAUGGCUGAAAGUGAGGUCCAGCCUGGUAUGGGCGUUUGGAAGAAAGCAAGCCUUAGGGAGAAGGUCAAGACGGCUACAGUACAUGUACCACCGUUUCCGAGGGGUUUGUUCAGAAGUAGGUCGACAGGAAAAGAGAAGAAGCCGUAG